AUUCUACUCAAACAAGAAACAAAAACAAAAGCAUCCUAUUCAUAUAUAUGGAGAAACAGAAACUCUCAGAAAAAGAAAAGAAAGAAGAGUCAAAUUACAGUAACAAAACUGUGUGGGAUUGUGGAAGCACUCUCUAUGAUUCUUUCGAACUCAACUCCUUCAAACACCAGCUUGACUCAGCCAUAAACAGAUCACUUUCAAUGUCUCAUUUACCAGAACGUCGGGUCACAAUUCUUCAGAAAUCAUCUUCUUCGUCGUCUUCUUCUACGUCGGUUACCUCGAGGAAGCCGUACAAGAUCUCUCGCUCUUUUCAGAAGUUUAUUCGUUCCGUUUUCAAGUCAAGCAAUGAUAAAUCCAACGUUUCUUCAAGCAGCAAUAGUUUCACAGUGGAAGAAAAAUCUUCUAAUGAGCGUUUCUACGUGGUUUAUGAUAAAUCUGGAUCGGUUCUUUCUACUAUACCAGAAGCUCCUGAAUUUGAGAUUGGUUCUCUUUCGCCGGAGAUUUCUUCUUUGGUUAAAAGGUCUGCUUCGGAGCGGUUCACGACCGCCACAAUUGGUAUUGUGUGUGCUUAAAUUUAGGGUUUUUACAAUAAACUGUGUAAUUUUAACCCGAAUGGGAUGUAGCUUAAUUAUUGUCUUAAUCAAGUUGUUAUUAGUUUUUUAUUAGAGUUGAUUAGAUUAUUAUUGUACGUUAGUUAACCUUAUUGGGGUUUGUGUGCAACAUUUGGGUUUUAAAUAUAUCUAUAGCUUAAUA